UGGAGGCUUUGAUGAGCAUAAAGGAAAGUCUGAAUGAUCCGCACGGUGUGUUGAACAACUGGGAUGAAUACUCGGUCGAUGCUUGUAGUUGGGCCAUGAUUACUUGCUCUUCUGAUUACCUUGUUAUUGGCCUGGGAGCGCCCAGCCAAUCUCUCUCCGGAACUUUGUCUGCUGCAAUUGGAAAUCUUACCAAUCUUCAACAAGUGUUACUACAAAACAACAAUAUCUCAGGCAAAAUUCCGUCGGAACUUGGAACCCUUCCCAAGCUUCUGACUUUAGAUCUUUCCAAUAAUCGAUUCUCUGGGGUGAUUCCUUCUUCUCUGAGUCAAUUGAGGAGUCUCCAAUACCUGAGGCUCAACAACAAUAGCUUGUCUGGACCCUUUCCCGUGUCACUGGCCAAAAUUCCACAGCUUACUUUCUUGGACUUGUCUUAUAACAAUCUCAGUGGACCAUUGCCCAAGUUUCCAGCCAGGUCAUUCAAUAUUGUGGGGAACCCAAUAGUUUGUGGAAGUAGCUCCACUGAAGGUUGCUCUGGAUCAGCAACCCUCAUGCCCGCUUCUUUCUCUCAAGCAUCAUCGCAAGGAAAGCAUAAUUCCAAAAAACUAGCAAUUGCACUUGGGAUCAGCCUGAGUUGUGCUUCUGUCAUGGUUCUGUUUUUUGGACUCAUUUGGUAUAGAAAGAAACGACAGCAAGGUGCCAUCCUGUAUAUCAGUGAUUGUAAGGAAGAGGGAAUUGUUAGCUUGGGAAAUCUAAAAAAUUUCACUUUUAGAGAGCUGCAACAUGCAACAUAUAAUUUCAACCCCAAGAACAUACUUGGUGCUGGAGGCUUUGGCAAUGUUUACAGGGGGAAGCUCGGAGAUGGCACAAUGGUGGCAGUGAAAAGGCUGAAAGAUGUGACUGGUAGUGCUGGCGAAUCACAGUUCCAAACAGAAUUGGAGAUGAUCAGCUUGGCAGUUCACCGCAAUUUACUUCGCUUAUUUGGAUAUUGUGCUACUCCUAAUGAAAAACUUCUCGUUUAUCCUUAUAUGUCUAAUGGCAGUGUGGCCUCCAGGCUUAGAGGCAAACCAGCUUUAGAUUGGAACACAAGAAAGAGGAUAGCAAUUGGAGCUGCCAGAGGCCUUCUGUAUCUGCAUGAGCAAUGUGAUCCAAAGAUAAUUCACAGAGAUGUAAAAGCCGCUAAUGUGCUUCUGGAUGACUAUUGUGAGGCUGUUGUUGGUGAUUUUGGCCUUGCAAAGCUCCUUGACCAUGCUGAUUCCCAUGUCACCACUGCUGUCCGUGGCACUGUUGGGCACAUUGCACCAGAGUAUCUCUCCACUGGCCAAUCAUCUGAGAAAACUGAUGUAUUUGGAUUUGGCAUUCUGUUGUUAGAGCUCAUAACUGGAAUGACAGCUCUUGAGUUUGGGAAAACGGUGAAUCAAAAAGGUGCUAUGCUAGAAUGGGUUAGGAAAAUACAGCAUGAAAAGAAGGUUGCAGUAUUGGUGGACAAAGAGCUAGGGAGCAACUAUGAUAGAAUAGAGGUAGGAGAGAUGCUGCAAGUAGCUUUACUUUGUACUCAAUAUUUGACAGCCCACCGCCCCAAAAUGUCUGAAGUGGUCCGAAUGCUUGAAGGUGAUGGUCUUGCUGAGAAGUGGGCAGCGUCACAUAAUCAUGGUAGUCAUGGCAUGAACCCCAGUCACAGCAACAGUAGCAACAGUUUAUCCCGCGCUACCUCUGCUUCUAAACAUGAUGACAAUAUUCAUGAUCGUUUCAGCAUGUUUGGCAUGACAAUGGAUGAUGAUGACGAACAGUCAUUGGAUUCCUAUGCCAUGGAACUCUCUGGUCCUAGAUAAACA